GAGCAAAUUGUUUAGAUGUAUUAUGUCCAAAACAUUUCGACAAUGAAAACUUUAAAAAGACUGGCUAAAUGAACGUGCUGGACAUAACGUUUUAGUUAUUACUCAUAGACUGUAAUUAUGAUAUUCCAUGUUACAAUUACGCUUUACUUAACAUUUCAGAUAGUGACUGGAAGUCCAACAGUUAGACACAGUGAUGAUUUGGAAAUCGGGCGCGCAUCAUCUGUAAAUUCAGCUCCCAUUAGCAGAUCUAGGAAUGUAAAAACUAAUAAACCAAUAACGGCCGAAGAAAUUAAACCGUUUAAACUUCUUACAGGAACACCUAAAAAAGUACCGACAAGAGGAGUUACAAAGCCUAAAGUAGCAGCUAACAAUUAUAAUUUCCCUAUCAACUCAAUGCAACAAGAAGAACCUACUCGUCCACAAUAUCGUUCCCGUGCUUCAAAUGAUGAAAUUGAAAAAUCAGAAAAAGCAAAUCAAAAUUUAGAGAAAAUGAUACAGUUUAUGACAGUAGUAGGCCACGUAGACCGUUAUUUGACAUCAAGAGCUAGAUCAUUAGUUACCACAUUAGGAAAAGCAAUGGAAGAACAUUCAGAUGAGCACCGUCAUUAUGUAAGAGAAAACCGUGCAUUGGAUGAACGCCCUGAAGAACAAUACUAUCAUCCAAGAGAAGAUCAUAUAAAUCGUAUGAAUACCAAAUUUAGUGAUUAUUAAUUUUAUAUUUUCUAAUUUAUUUACCAUAGUUUGUAUAGUAAAUGUAAUUUUAUUUUUUAUAUAAAAAUAUUUUUUAAUUAACAAAACUUUUUUAUAAAUAAAAUAGAGUAUUACUAUAUUUGUAUACUAAAAAUAAUUUGUAUUAUAAAAUAAAGUACUUCUAUAAACAGUA